AUGCUAAUCGAACCGCAGGAACUUUAUAACUACGCCGUCACGGAUGGGGUCACCUGCACUUCAGCAGAAAUGAUAGAUGGCGAUGUGAAAACAAGGGGAUACGCCGAUGGACGGUGGAUUCAUCUAAACCUUCCGACUCGAAAAGCCAUUCACCGGAUCACCAUUCGCGGCACCAAUAUUAUAAACGCCAUGAUAUACCAGAAGUUAGAAGGCGAAGAACGUUGGGCGGCAAUUCUGCAGGUUCAGAACAACCAGAGUCCGGUCAUUAAAGCACGCAUUAGUGCUGUUGUGACGGAUGCAAUCCGUAUCUACAUCAGUGGCACCACCGAUGAUGAAAAGAAAGCCAGUCGGUACGAUCCAAGGCGUGGCGCAAUCGUACCGCAGAUAGCGUUGGGUAGAGCCUUCGUACACGAAAUUGAAGUCUACGGAUUCGUCUCAAAGGAAAAACAACAAUGA